CUUUUAGUUUAGAUCCUGAGAGAAAACAAAGUGGAGGACUUAGAACAAAACAAGCUGGAAGAGGAUCUUGCCGUGGAAUUUGAAAUUGCACUGUUGCAAGUGAAAAGAUUGUUCUUGUUGGAGCUUAAAGAAGAGAAGAGAAAGCUAUGGGAGUUUUACUAAGAGAAGCUUUGAGGUCUAUGUGUGUUAAUAAUCAAUGGUCUUAUGCUGUUUUCUGGAAAAUUGGCUGUCAAAAUUCUAGCUUAUUGAUUUGGGAGGAAUGUUAUAAUGAAACCGCAUCGAGCUCGAAUCCUCGAAGACUUUGUGGACUUGGUGUUGAUAGUCAAGGGAAUGAGAAAGUUCAGUUGCUUACAAACCGAAUGAUGUUGAACAAUCGAAUCAUUUUGGUUGGUGAAGGACUAGUUGGCCGAGCUGCAUUUACUGGACAUCAUCAAUGGAUUCUAGCUAACAGUUUUAACCGCGAUGUUCAUCCACCCGAGGUUAUUAAUGAGAUGCUUCUCCAAUUCUCUGCUGGUAUUCAGACUGUUGCAGUUUUUCCGGUUGUUCCUCACGGUGUUGUUCAACUCGGUUCCUCUCUGCCUAUUAUGGAGAAUUUGGGGUUUGUGAAUGACGUGAAGGGUCUUAUCCUGCAACUCGGAUGUGUUCCCGGAGCGCUCUUAUCUGAAAAUUACAGAACAUAUGAACCUGCUGCUGAUUUUAUUGGAGUGCCAGUGUCUCGGAUAAUACCUUCUCAAGGACAUAAGAUCCUCCAAUCUUCGGCUUUCGUAGCUGAAACUAGCAAACAACACUUCAACUCCACUGGAUCAUCAGAUCAUCAAAAUGAUCAAAUGGUUGAAGAAGCUCCGUGUAAUCUCGUGGAUGAACAGAUCAAGCAAGGAGGAUGGCAAAACACAACGGGUUUUCUAACAGCUGGGGAAGUUGGAGUACCUUCAAAUCCAGAUGCGUGGCUGAAUCAAAACUUCUCUUGUAUGUCUAAUGUGGAUGCAGCAGAGCAACAAAUCCCAUGUGAAGACAUCAGUUCCAAACGCUCGCUUGGAAGCGACGACUUGUUUGAUAUGUUGGGUUUGGAUGAUAAGAACAAAGGUAGUGACAACAGUUGGGGUGUUUCGCAGAUGAGAACGGAAGUACUCACUAGGGAGUUAUCCGACUUUCGGAUCAUUCAAGAUAUGGACCCUGAGUUUGGUUCUUCGGGGUAUGAACUUUCAGGAACAGAUCAUCUGUUAGAUGCCGUGGUCUCGGGUGCUUGCUCCUCCACAAAGCAGAUCUCGGACGAAACAUCUGAGUCCUGCAAAACCACUUUGACUAAAGUUAGUAAUUCUUCGGUUACCACGCCAUCUCACAGUAGCCCUCAAGGUAACCAGUUAUUUGAGAAACAACACGGGCAACCAGUGGGGCCAUCAUCGGUCUACGGGUCUCAGAUCAGUUCUUGGGUUGAACAAGCACACAGCUUGAAGCGUGAGGGCAGUCCAAGGAUGAUGAAUAACAAUAAGAACGAAACUGCAAAACCAGCUAAUAACCGUAAAAGACUUAAACCAGGAGAGAACCCAAGACCAAGGCCUAAAGAUCGCCAGAUGAUUCAAGAUCGUGUCAAGGAGUUGCGUGAAAUCAUACCAAACGGUGCAAAAUGUAGCAUUGAUGCACUCCUGGAACGUACAAUCAAGCACAUGCUCUUCUUGCAAAAUGUCUCGAAGCACUCUGAUAAGCUGAAGCAAACCGGGGAAUCCAAGAUUAUGAAAGAGGACGGUGGAGGAGCAACAUGGGCUUUCGAAGUAGGGUCAAAGUCUAUGGUGUGUCCAAUUGUCGUAGAAGAUAUAAACCCGCCUCGCAUUUUCCAAGUUGAGAUGUUGUGUGAACAACGAGGAUUCUUCCUAGAAAUCGCGGAAUGGAUCAGAAGCUUAGGGUUGACGAUCUUGAAGGGUGUAAUCGAAACUCGACUAGACAAGAUAUGGGCUCGCUUCACUGUUGAGGCGAAUCGAGACGUGACGAGGAUGGAAAUAUUCAUGCAACUAGUGAAUAUUUUGGAGCAGACAAUGAAAUGUGGAGGAAACUCUAAGACUAUUUUGGAUGGUAUCAAAGCUACAAUGCCCUUACCGGUUACUGGUGGCUGUUCAAUGUAAUGACACAAAUUAUUGACCGUACCGGAUUGCUCCGGUUUUAAUAAACCGGUUUGGUUAAA